UCUAAUUAACUUCUCUUCCACCUCCGGCUCCUCGCUCGCCCCUCUAGAUGCCGCUCGACUCCUGUUCCCUCUCUCCUUCGCUCGCCCCUCUAGAUGCCGCUCCGACUCCCUGUUCCCUCUCUGGACGGAAUGAUGGCCGAGUUCGUGGUCGGGCCUUUUUCCCGUCGCGCCCGUUCCUGUUAACGACGCUUCGUUUCGUUCACCCCUUGAUGUCGCUCCGACUCCUGUUCCCUCUCUGGACGGAAUGGUGCUCCGAGUUCGUAGUCGGCCCUUCUUCCAGUCGCGUCGUUCCCGUUAGCGGCGCUUCGUUUCGGCUUAUUCAUCCCUUCCAGUCACGAAAAUGCGAUCCCUCCGCGGCCUUCGAUUUCACCUCCGGGAAACGGAUCGAGCAGAAACUUCUCGAGUACAGUCAAGAGAGAAAAUACUUCAAGCAAGGAAAGAUAGAACAAUUUCAGCAGAUCUUGGAGGAAGGGUCAAGCCCAGAAAUUGAUGAGUACUAUGCUGAUAUCAAGUAUAAGCGAAUCGCUAUCCUAAAUGCUUUGGGAGCCUACUACACUCACUUGGGAAAGGUUGAUCCGAAUCAAAACAAAAAUUUCACUUCGGCAAUUCAGUAAUACAAUAGAGCUUCAAGAAUUGAUCCCCUCGAGCCUUCUACUUGGAUCGGAAAAGGUUUUUCUCUUCAUAAACAUUGUUGUUCUUUAGUCUCUUAUUUGUGACUAUGGUCUUUUGGAAACCCGUCCCCUCUGCAAAUGUAGGAAAACUCGAAUAGUCGUCACAUUUUGCAGUAAACUGUUAAUUGAAUUCCUUCAAGUGUACUGUUUAUGUAUGAUCAUGAGAGUAUGCUAUCUCAAUCUAAAGAAAAGAGCACAAUUAUGACUAUAUGAAUUUGUAUUAAAUGCAAUGGUAUUGAGAUGACUCACGCGUACAUGAUGCAGCCUAUCUCAAAUUCUUAUACCCGUCUAUGAGACACUAGAAACAUAAAUCAAUAUAAACUCAGAUCUAUCCCUCCCGUUCUCCUGUUCAAUAUUGACGAAAUAAGGUUUUCUUUACUCCACGUGAAGGUAUUUCCUUAAUUUAGGCAGGUAUACUUUUUGAUUAAAUUCUAUUUCCUUUUAUCGAUAUGUCAGUACCCUUACUUAUAUUUCGACUUUUGUACGAAAUACCUAUUAGAUUAACUAUUUUGCUUAAUUAUGGGUUUGUAUGGAAUUUUUCUCCUCCCUAUCUGUCAACUUAACUUAUCUACCUGCUUAACUCAUAUUUUACAAAGUAAAUUAACUAGGAUGGAAAUUGCGAAAUAAUUUCAACCAGUGUGUUCUGCAUAUUAUUAUUUUUGAUUGUUGUGAUGGUCUUUUCCUACUAUUCCUGUUUAAAAUUAUUUGACUAUAAGUUCUGCAACUUAUAUAUUCUAAUUAAUGUUGUAAGUUGCUGCUUCACUUGAUUUUUGUACUACUGCAACUGCAUAUUUUUGGGAUAGCAGGUUAGUAACAUUUCUUAACCAACUUUUCAUUUUAGUCCUAUUUUAUUCUUUCUAUAAUUUUUUACUGACUAUUAUUUUUUCUUUCAGCCAACUCUCGCACUCUUUACUCGGCUUCUACAACUCUCAAUUUUAUUGUAUCUAUGGUUACUCCUGCUGCUGUUGAAUUAACUGCUUAUACUUUUAUUUAUUUGUUACUCAAAAUUUUUUUGUUCUUUUAUGUAUUUAGUAUUUCGUCUUUAAUUGUAUAACAUAUUUUAUACUUAAAAUAGUUGCUUCUUUUAUUAU